ACAGACAAAAUUAUACUAACAUCUCAGUCUAAAUAAUGAUGAUUUGGUGAAAGCUGAUAAAAGAACUUCACGUCACGCAUUCUCUCUCUCCCGCCACCUGCAAAAAGAAUUUGCGAGCUUUAAUUUCUCCAUUUUUCUGGAAUUCGAAGCUCAAAAUUUCAUUAAACAAUCCAAAGUUGAAGAUGAGUCAGAUUUCUGAAAUGCAGUACCAAUCAAUUAAACCUCGAGUGGUGCUACCUGAACUAUGAAAGUGCUGUCAGGAGAAGCAUCAAUUCUGAACUGUUAGAGUUUCUGAGAAAAUCCCACUUUUGAUUGGAAACAGAUGUUUGCAUUGUUGGUGUUGCACGAACGCCUAUGGGAGGGCUUCUAGGUUCCUUGUCAACUCUAUCUGCAACCAAGCUUGGGUCUGUAGCUAUUGAGUGUGCUCUUAGAAGGGCAAGAGUGGAUCCAUCACUUGUACAAGAAGUGUUCUUUGGGAAUGUUCUUAGUGCCAAUUUGGGACAGGCUCCUGCUAGACAGGCUGCUUUAGGAGCAGGAAUUCCUAACUCAGUUGUCUGCACAACCAUUAACAAAGUAUGUUCUUCAGGAAUGAAAGCAACCAUGCUUGCUGCUCAAAGUAUCCAAUUGGGUGCUAAUGACAUUGUCGUGGCUGGGGGGAUGGAAAGCAUGUCUAAUGCCCCUAAGUACCUAGCCUUAGCCAGAACAGGAUCGAGACUUGGACAUGACACUAUAAUUGAUGGAAUGCUGAAAGAUGGACUUUGGGAUGUGUACAAUGAUUUUGGAAUGGGAAUAUGUGCCGAAAUAUGUGCUGAUAAAUAUAAUAUAUCAAGAGAAGAACAGGAUUCUUAUGCUAUAAGGAGCUAUAAUUGUGGUAUUGCUGCGCAGAAUAAUGGUGCAUUUUCUUGGGAAAUAGCCCCAGUGAUGACAUCUGGAAACAGGGGAAGACAGCCUACGAUAGUUGACAGGGAUGAUGGUCUCAAGAAGUUUGAUCCUGCCAAACUUAAAAAGCUUCCUCCCAGCUUUAAAAAGAAUGGAGGCUCUGUCACUGCUGGAAACUCUUCACUUAUUAGUGACGGUGCUGCUGCACUAGUAUUGGUCAGUGGAGAAAAGGCCAAAAAACUUGGACUUCACGUGAUUGCAAGGAUCAAAGGUUUUGCUGAUGCAGCUCAGGACCCUGAAUGGUUUACCACUGCUCCAGCCCUUGCAAUCCCUAAAGCUAUUUCAAAUGCUGGUCUGGAGCCUUCACAAAUUGACUUCUAUGAAAUCAAUGAAGCCUUUUCUGUCGUUGCUCUUGCAAACCAGAAGCUGUUGGGGCUUGAUCCAGAAAAGGUGAAUGUGCAUGGUGGAGCCGUGUCCCUGGGACAUCCUUUAGGCUGUAGCGGCGCUCGAGUUUUGGUCACUUUGCUUGGGGUUCUAAAUCAAAAGAGAGGAAAAUAUGGUGUUGCUGGCAUCUGCAAUGGUGGAGGAGGCGCCUCUGCUCUUGUCUUAGAGCUCAUAUCAGCGCAAAAGAUUAGUCAUUCAAAACUAUGAAAUUCAUUUACAGGAGAAGAACCAUGAAAUGGAAAAUCAUCAAGAUGUUGUUGUAUACUUGGUCUGAGUCGGAUACGGGCUACUGCAAUAUUCAGAAUAGUUAGUAGACAGUUAAGUGAUUUCAUGCAUACCUCAGUAGGCCGCUCUGUGUUGUUGGUCAAUAAGAUAGGCAUAUUAUUAAUGUCGAAACAGAUUCAGUUCGUGAAGUUUGAUGUACUUGUAAAAGAACUCCAAUCUUCAUUGAGUAUGCAUACCUCAGUAGGCCGCUCUGUGUUUGUCAAUAAGAUAGGCAUAUUAUAAAGAUGUUGAAACAGAUUCAGUUCCCGAAGUUUGAUGUACUUAAAAAAAAAGCUCCAAUCUUCAUUGAGUAUGGAAGGUGGAACAGCAAGAGUAAAUAAGCACUGAAUCUGGAUAACGGCGAGUGUAUAACUUAGCUCCUUGAAGUGAAUUCAACAGUUUCGGGUGAAUUAGCAGCUGUCAUCUGGGUCCAAUGAGCUAAAAUACCAAGGAAGAUCUGAAGGUGAAAAGCUUGGGUUAUUAACAUCUCCUACUUGGUGUUUGACAGCAGACUUGGUUUGUGGAUGUCUUUCCUUAUUUUUGACUCCUUUUCUGUCUUAUUUUCUUGCGAUCUCUUUCAAUGGAUCUAUAUGUGAAAGUAUCCCUUAAUUGCAAUGCACAAUAACUAAAGUUCAAUGAUUUAUGUAAAUGUGAGAGAAGGGCGUGUAUUAAUAGA